UUAUGAACGCCGGUGCGUGCUCUACUGCUCUCCCGUAGAGUCAGAUAAGCCGUCACCUCAUCAGUAACUCGAUCCAUCUAGACCGACCGUCUGAGUGAGUGAAAGAGAGAGAUGGAGAGGAUGUUCGCCACGGAGAAGCUCGGGGGCAGCAGCAGGUCGCUGUACCGGUUCCACGCCGUGACGGUGUUGGCGGGGAUAUGCCUGGUGCUCGGCUACAGGGCGACGCACGUCCCGGCGGCGCCCGGCGAGGGCAGGGCGGCGUGGCUGGGGAUGCUGGCGGCUCAGCUGUGGUUCGGCUUCUACUGGGUCAUCACGCAGUCCAUGCGGUGGUGCCCCAUCCGCCGCCGCGCCUUCAAGGACAGGCUCGCCGCCAGGUAUAGAGAUGAGCGGCUACCCUGCGUGGACAUCUUCGUCUGCACAGCAGAUCUGCAGUCGGAGCCACCAAGCCUCGUCAUGGCCACGGUCCUCUCGCUCAUGACGUACGAUUACCCACCUGAGAAACCGAACGUGUACCUUUCCGACGAUGGGGGCUCGAUUCUCACUUUCUAUGCUCUGUGGGAGGCUUCCGCCUUCGCAAAGCAUUGGCUUCCAUUCUGCAAGAGAUACAGCAUUGAGCCAAGGUCACCUGCCGCUUAUUUUGCAGAGUCAGAUAAGCCUCGUGAUCCGAGCACCCUAGAAGAAUGGUCACUCGUCAAGGGCCUGUAUGAAGAAAUGACAGAGCGCAUUGAUUCCGCUGUUCAAUCAGCUAAUGUUCCUGAAGAAAUCAGAACAAAUCAUAAAGGAUUUUCUGAAUGGAAUGCAGGGAUUAACUCAAAAGAUCACCAACCAAUUGUUCAGGUUCUGAUAGAUGGGAAAGACAGAGACGCAGUUGACAAUGAAGGAAACGUACUACCUACACUGGUUUAUGUGGCGCGAGAGAAGAGGCCUCAAUACCACCAUAACUUCAAAGCUGGGGCAAUGAAUGCUUUGAUAAGGGUGUCAUCAGUGAUAAGCAACAGCCCUAUCAUCUUGAAUGUGGACUGUGAUAUGUAUUCCAACAACAGUGAUGCAAUCAGAGAUGCGUUGUGCUUCUUCCUUGAUGAAGAAAUGGGUCACAAGAUCGCAUUCGUGCAACACCCUCAGUACUAUAACAAUAUAGCCAAGAAUAACAUAUAUGGCAACUCACCCAAUGUUCUCAGUCAGGUGGAGCUACCUGGUUUCGAUGGUGCGGGUGGCCCUCUCUAUAUUGGCACGGGAUGCUUCCACAGAAGGGAGAUCUUGUGUGGCAGGAGGUUCACCAAUGACUACAAGGAAGACUGGGAGAGAGGAAUGAAGGGAAAAAGAGAGUUGUCCAUAAAUCAGACUGAAGAGAAAGCCAGGUCGUUAACGACCUGCACUUACGAACACAACACGCAGUGGGGGAAUGAGAUUGGAGUGAAAUAUGGUUUCCCAGCAGAAGAUGUCAUCACUGGGUUGGCAAUACAAUGCAGAGGUUGGAAGUCAGUCUGCAACAACCCACCAAGGGCAGCGUUUAUGGGUGUAGGUCCAACAACACUUGCACAGACAAUCCUGCAACACAAGAGAUGGAGCGAGGGUAGCUUCUCAAUCUUUCUUUCAAAGUACUGCCCCUUCAUCUUUGGAAACGGAAGUAUCAGUUUACAACAUCAAAUGGCCUACUCAGUCUAUGGUUUGUGGGCACCCAACUCACUCCCUACUCUAUACUAUGUUGUCAUCCCUUCACUGGGCCUUCUCAAAGACAUCCCCCUGUUCCCUGAGGUUACGAGUCCAUGGAUCGUGCCUUAUAUAUAUGUCGCAGCUGUGAAGAACAUUUACAGCGCAUACGAGGCAUUAUUGCAUGGAGAGACGCUGAGGGGAUGGUGGAACGGACAGAGGAUGUGGAUGAUUAGAAGAAUAACCUCGUACCUGUAUGGCACCAUCGACACCGUCAGGAAGUUGUUAGGACUGUCAAAGAUGGGGUUUGCAGUUUCACCAAAGGUAAGUGAUGAAGACGAGUCAAAGAGGUAUGAGCAAGGAAUCGUGGAGUCAGAAUAUGUGAUCAUUGCAACUGUUGCAUUGCUCAACCUUGUGUGCCUGGUGGGAGGGCUAUGCAAAAUCUUGACAAGUGGCGAGAACAUGGCGUCGAGUGGAUUUUUCCUCCAGGUCGUUCUGUGCGGGCUGCUAGUGAUCAUCAAUAUCCCAGUCUAUGAAGCAAUGUUCAUCAGGAAGGACAGAGGGAGCAUGCCAUUCUCAGUCACGCUAGUGUCCAUUGGCUUUGUGAUGUUGGCCCUCUCUGUACCAUUAUUUUGAGGUCUCAAAAAUGGCACAGAUGAAUAACAAAUACUUUCUGUAUUUAACCAUAAUAACUUAUCUAAAUAAGUUAACAUCUCAUAUAUUAUGCUAAA